CUCUACACUUCACUCACUCACUCAUUCAUAUCAGAACAAUAGAGAACCCAAUCAUCACUCUCAACAACCAUGGCUGCGUUACAGUUACUACUCAAGCGAUCAACCAAGCCUAACCGUUCCGAUUUUUCCGCAUGCAGAGCUUUCUCUUCUCUCGGAUUCUCCUCCGCCGCCGCUACCACCGCCACGCAAAACAUCACUACUCCACCGCAGAUUCCGCCGUUCAAUCACCAGCCUCAUACGUAUACCGGACCAACCGCCGAUCAAGUUUUCGCUCAGCGUAAAAAGUUCCUCGGUCCUUCCGUGUUUCACUUCUAUCAGAAACCUUUGAAUAUUGUGGAGGGGAAGAUGCAAUAUCUGUAUGAUGAGAGUGGAAGGCGGUACCUCGAUGCUUUUGCUGGGAUAGUUACUGUUUCUUGUGGACAUUGUCAUCCUGAAAUUCUGAAUGCUAUCUUUGAGCAGAGUAAACUUUUGCAGCAUGCAACCACUAUUUAUCUACAUCACGCUAUAGGGGAUUUCGCCGAAGCAUUGGCAGCGAAAAUGCCUGGAAAUCUUAAAGUUGUUUAUUUUGUGAAUUCUGGUUCUGAAGCGAAUGAAUUGGCAAUGCUGAUGGCUAGAUUGUAUACUGGUAGUCUUGGUAUGAUUUCUUUAAGGAAUGCAUAUCAUGGGGGAAGUUCUAGUACAAUGGGUCUCACUGCUCUUAACACUUGGAAAUAUCCAAUACCAGAGGGUGAAAUUCAUCAUGUUAUGAACCCCGAUCCAUACCGCGGUCUCUUUGGCACAGAUGCUGAUAGUUAUGCCAAAGAUGUCCAAGACCAUAUUGACUAUGGCACUUCAGGAAAAAUUGCUGGAUUUAUAGCUGAAACAAUUCAGGGAGUUGGAGGAGCAGUUGAACUGGUACCUGGGUAUUUAAAGAAAGUCUAUGACAUUGUACGCAAGGCUGGUGGUGUCUGCAUUGCAGAUGAAGUGCAAACUGGGUUUGGUCGCACGGGAAGCCAUUAUUGGGGAUUUCAGACACAGGGUGUUACUCCUGAUAUAGUUACAAUGGCAAAGGGUAUUGGCAACGGUUUGCCAUUAGGAGCUGUAGUUACAACUCCCGAAAUAGCAAGUGUGAUGGCCCAGAAGAUUCAAUUUAACACUUAUGGUGGGAACCCUGUAUGUUCUGCCGGGGGUCUUGCAGUGCUCAAGGUUAUUGAUAACGAGAAGCGUCAGGCUCAUUGCGCUGAUGUUGGUUCUCACUUGCUUGAGCGUUUGAGAUCACUUCAGCAACGACACGACAUCAUUGGUGAUGUGAGGGGAAGAGGCUUAAUGGUUGGGGUAGAGCUUGUUACUGAUCGAAAAAAUAAAACACCUGCAAAGGCUGAAACUGCUGUCUUGUUCGAAAAACUUAGAGAACUCGGUAUUCUAGCUGGGAAAGGAGGACUGCAUGGAAAUGUUUUCAGGAUUAAGCCACCAAUGUGUUUCACUAAAGAUGAUGCAGAUUUUCUUGUGGAUGCCCUGGAUUAUUCCAUAUCAAAGUUGUGAAAUGAUGAUGCAUCUGCUAGCAUCAAAUAAAAUCCUUGAUAAUGGAGCCAUGAUGCUACAAAGCCACGUCAUUUGUACACAUAUGUUCACGAAGUGUUACUGCAAUUCAUGAAAUGUUCAACUGUUUUGAGGAGGGUUUUUCUUUUUUUAGUUGGUACACUAUUUAUGAUUUGAAUGUGGAAUAAUGUGUAUAAUGUUGAAUUUUAUGGCAUCAUAAGGCUGCAAUCUUUUUCAUAGUAAUGUUAAAUCCAUAUUUGAAAGA